AUGGCGUUUGGUUUGUACAGUCUGCUGGAGGCGACAUUGCUGUGUUUGAACGCUAUUUGCGUUCUUCACGAAGAAAGAUUUUUAGCAAAAAUUGGAAUGGGCUCUGAUCAACGAGGUUUUGGAGAGGAACCCGGUGUUAAAACUCAGGUGCUACAUCUCGUUAGAUCAAUCAGAACUGUCAUGAGAAUACCACUGAUUGGAAUAAACGUAGUGACUAUAAUAAUAAAACUACUUCUAGGAUAGCAUAUCGCCAAUAACACCAGUUAUUGCUUUUAUUUCUUGAAUUGUGUGGAUUCCUUGGGAUUAUUACCAGUGAUGCCGUAUCAAAUGCUUUCAGAAAAAAUGUACUUCAUUGAACUGGAUCCAGGCUGAGGACUUUCACAAUAUGUGAUGAAACUUGGAAUCUUAAUUUUGGAAAUCUAUGGAACUUGGACAAGGCAAAAUUUUGAAUGCAGUGGUGAAUUGGGUCUUUUUUUCAAUGUGAAUGUUUCUUGUAAUGAUAACCAGGCAUACAUGGUACUCUGUAAAGCAUUUUUUCCUGUGGCUAUAUGUAUACAGCCUACUAUUAUUCAUGUAUGUCCUGAUUAUGCUACAUAUGUCGAAGCACGGUUACAGGGUCUCCAGUCCAGUUGGCUGUAGAAACCAGGAAUGUCGGAGCACUUUUGUGCAAGUAUCAUCUCGCUAUGAUUAGUUCAUUGAAGCUUCAUGAGAAGUCAUAUCAAGCACCCAGUGAUGUAUUAUAACACGAGGGGGUCAAAAGUGCCACAUGCGAGUGUAAAAUUGUACCCCGAUAUACAUGUACUUGUAUGCAUUAGGUACCGAGUCUCCAAUGACAGAUUGUUGAUCAUCGAGAAAUGUAUUGGUGAUAAAAUCUUACCAAAUCACGCUCAUUCUUCACUACUGUGUACACUAAUGUAAAUUGUAAAUAAAAUCUAUUAUUACUA